AUGGGAGAGGACGAGGGGGUGAGCGGCAAAAACCGCGUGAGUGCCGCGCGCCGUGGCGAUAGUAGCGAGGACGACGGGGACGGGAGGAGCCUCCCACAGACGAGAGGUGAAACAGACCACUCGCAGGAAGACGACGAGGAGGGGAGGGGCCUCCCACAGACCAAAGAUGACACCGCCCACUUGCUGGAAGACGAGAGGGGAGAGUCCCCCCCGCGUGGCACCCCCAAAGGGGCCACCCAGCUCUCCAUUCGGGGGAUCAAGGUGGGGAGGCUGAACUUGAGCUCGUUCAGGCGCAAGAGGGAGGAGGAAAAAGAAGGGAAAAAAAAACCAAGUGAAGGGGAUGAAGUUGAUGAAUGUGACCGAGAUGAGGAAGGUGUGGGAGAUGACCAACGCGGGGGGGACACCCCCUUGUCGGACGAGGAAGACGCCCUGACGGCGAGCAGCGCCACCUGCACGGAGCUCCUAGAUGGCCGCUUACUACUGAGCGGAUACGAAUUCGCAUCAGACGGAGAGAAAGUGAAAAGCAAAAAAAUCACCCACAUAGUUAACAUGGCAGGGGAGGAGUGCCCCAACAGACUCGAAGCCCCUCUUUCCUACAGAACCUACUACGUGAGGGACGACUUACAAGAGGACCUGUUUUACAGUCUGCUAGAUGCGACUCACUUUAUUGAAGAAAUGCUAAGCAGUGAUGAGGCAAACAAAAUCCUUGUGCAUUGCAACAAGGGAGUUUCCAGGUCCGUCAUCGUAGUUAUUUUCUUUCUCAUGACGCAUCUGGGGAUACCCUUUGGAGAUGCCUUCGACCUGGUGAAGAGGCGGCGCCCUCUGUCCAACCCCAAUUUGGGCUUCGUCUCGCAGCUGCUGCACCUGUUUGGGCUGCGCCGCCGCGUUGGGGGAGCGUCCCUGGAAAGUACUUCCGACGGAGCUACUCCGGUGGAACCCCCCUCCGGGGAAGCCACGCUCAUCUUCCGAGUCGAUGGCGCAGGUGAGGCCCUCACGCUGACCAACCUGAUGAGUCUCUCCCAAGACGCGAGUACAAACCCCACAGAGAUGGACCAGCGAUUUAACUACGUGAUGACAAGGGACUUUCGCGAAUUUUACUUGUUGCUGCUCGACCCUACCUUCGAAGCUGCGUGCACGCCCCUCCUUGCGCGCUUUGCGCGCAUAUGCCGAGCCUUUUUUCACGGCGGCGCUGCAGAAGGGAUGCACGCAAUGCACGUGAUCCACGCAACCCACGCCGGCGAGCUGAUGCAGCGCCUUCGAUUGGACACGCAGCUGUCCAGCCGCCUCCCCCGCAACGACGGGGCGUACCGAAAGCUGCUGCAGGUGCGGGAGGGGAUGAGCGGUAGCUGGGCAGCACAGCAGUGCAGCGGCGUAGCAGCGCAGCAGCGCGACGAGUCGAUGCCCUAA